AUGGAUAGGUUUCAAAUUGGCGACGAGCAACUACUUCGUUUUUAUCAGUUGAAGACUAUUAAUCCGACCCAUUCCUGGGCCCAAGAUUCCUCAAAAUUGAAUAAUGAAGAGGCUACAAGCAAUGAACUUGGCGUUGAAACGUCAUUCGACAUAUUAAAAGACUUCAAAUAUGGCAAUCAAAUUAGCAUUGACAAGGAAUCGAGAGCAUAUUUAAACGAUGAGUCGUUAAGUUAUAUUAGAGAUCCCUUGAAUGGACAAGAAAUGUCUAAAGAAUUGCAACAUCUACCAAAUGAUUCAAUGCGGUUGAACUAUCUUGUCAACAGUAAACAAUUCAACGUCAAAGCCUUUCUGAGAGAUAUGCACAAACAAGACUCUUUCAAUGAUCUAAAUAACUCACUGGACAGGUUGGACAGUGAUAUACAAGACCAAUCUAUACAUUUGAAACAAUUGGUUGGUAAAAAUUUCACCAAGUAUGUUAAGAUUAAAAACAAGUUAGACCAAAUUUACAAAGAAUUUGACGAGAAAACGAAUGAAAAAAACCAAUGUGAUUCACCAAAAGAAAAUCAAAUAAAUGUGGAAAGCUUAAAUAAAAAGGUCGACGAGGUUAUUAGAACAACAACUUUCAAACUGAAACCGCUAAUGGAUAACUAUCAGAAAAUUUUGAAUUACCAGGCCACCAAAAAAUUUAUUGAAUUGAAUAAGUUUUACUUCAACCUACCCAAAUCUUUAAAGAGAUGUUUGACUAACAACGAUUUCAAUGAGUUCAUUAUCGAAUAUUCAAAAGGUCUUACGCUCCGUCGCCGUUUCAACCAGAGUUCAGAUGCUUCACAAUCUCUUGUUAUAAAAAGAAUUUGGACUCAAAUAGAAAAUUUAUUAGUCACGUAUAAAGAUCUGAUUUGGAACAGUUUAAUAAAUUCAAAUUUUAACAUUGACCAACCCCAAGAAACAAUUUUGUCCCUCUUUUCAAAAUUGUUGAACUUAGAAAACUUUAUCAAUAAUAAUCAAAGAGAAAGUGAAAGUGGUAACAAGAACACAACUUCAUCAUCCAAUGAAAAUCCAAUCCUAAGAUGGAUGUCCAUCAAAAUGAAUGGCUUUCAGAAUGAACUGAACGAGUUGUCUGGCCAUAUGAUUAGUAAAAUCAUUCAUUCUCAAAGGCUUAUAUUACAAAACAAUACUAAUCAAGAUAAAAGUCAAGGGUGCGUGGAGCUGUCGUAUUAUUUGAAAAUCAAUCAAUUAUUCCAAAUAAUAAGUGAUACGGGCAAGGAUAGUGAAGGUUUGAAAAGUACCGUUGAACCCAAUAAAGUUAACACCAUUUCUGGAACCAGCUAUCUAAAUUUGAAUUGCCAACCCAGCUCUCAAGGACUAACUGAUUCCCCAACUAUCAUUGAAAUGUGGCUAUUAAUCUUAAAAUAUAUUAACGACCUGUGGAAAAUUUGUGAUCAAUUUAUAGAAUUCUGGGAACACAUUGAAAAGUUCCUCGAUGGGACUUACCAAAAUUCCAUUAUAAAUGAAAAAAGAAAAGAAAACAUUUUGAUCGGUGAUUCUAAUAUUAUUGAAUCAUACCAAAAAAGCUUGAUCUUGAAGGAAGAACAGAUUAACGAGGUUAGGUUAAAGGGCGAGGAAUUCAUCACUUCAGUCUCACAAAAUUUAAUAUCAUUUUUCACAUCUUCUCAAUCAUCUCUACCAUCAUCAUUGAAGGAUUCUACUGGAGAUAUUACCCGCAGUAAUAAAGAUUCGGGGUCACCUUUGGAUUAUGGAUUUAUACCUCCUAAUUGUAAUGGAUUGAGUUGUUUAAGAUAUCUACCGAAAAUUGUGGAGCCCAUUUUGAAAUUCUCUACCGAGUUAGCGCAAUUAAAUAUCACAACUAACGGAAUCACCAUUUGCAGGAACACUCUAUCAACUAUAAUCAAUCGUUGCGUAGGUGCCAUAUCUUCCACGAAAUUAAGAGAUAUAUCUAACUUUUAUCAACUGGAGAACUGGCAGGUCUAUGAAACGGUUACAUUUUCAAGCAAAUCACAGGACAGUAGUAAAAAUCUAACUUUCGAAUAUGGUGUGACACAAUUUCCGGAAAUUGUCACCUCGUUUCAAGAAGUGAGUAUCAAAACUACUAGAGAUCUAUUAUUCGCAUAUGAAAAAUUACCAAUCAUUAACGGAAUUUCAGUAGUAAGUUAUCCGUCAAAACAACUGCUCACAGGUAUAGAAAUUCAACAGAUUAUAUCGAUGGAAGCUGUAUUGGAAGCGAUCUUAAAAAAUGCGGCAAAGGAUAAGGACAACCCAAGAAAUUCUCAUACCAUCUUAACAUUAACAAAUCUACAAUAUUUUAGAGAAUGUGCAUUCCCAAAUAUUUUGCAGUAUUUUGAUGACGCAUUCGAGUGGAAUUUGGCUUCCAAAAACUUAGAAUUAUUUAGCCUACUAUCUAAGAUGGAAUCUUCAAUUUUCGGUAACUAUCUUUCUGACUUAAAGAUCAACUUAAGGGAUACUCUUGAAGAAAAAUUCCACGAAAUAAAUUGGCCCAUGUAUACAUCAAAUUCAUUCAGGGUUGGUGACUAUAUUAUAGAAGCGUUAAUGAUUCUGAUCGUGGUUCACAGUGAGUGCUUUAGAAUUGGGCCUCAGCUCAUCCAUAAGAUUUUAAUUGAAACGCAGAUUUUUAUAGCCAGAUACCUCUUUGAGGCAUUUAAGCCUUAUGUUGGUAAUCUUUCUAAUGAUGGCUCAUUACAAAUUAUAGUGGAUUUGGAAUUCUUUCAGAAGGUUAUGGGUCCUUUACUUGAAAAGGACACCGAGGCCACAUUAAGGGCGUGCUUACAAAACUGUUUCCAGAACGACACAAAUAGACUACAAAAAUGUAUCAAUGAGAUUAAUCCUAUUGUAUCUGCCAAUUUAAAAAGAACUGCUAUUCAAUUCGCCGCCUUCAGCUAG